AAGCCCACCUCCACCUCCACCCUCCACUCCCUUCCCCAGAGAGAGAAGCUAACGAUAACGCCAAGCAGACUCACCCAUUCCUUACAUAUAUUGAUAGAGAGAGUGAGUGAGUGUGAAAGGUACAACCUUUGCAUCCAUAUAUAGGUUAGAGAGAGAGAGAGAGAGAGAUGAAAUGAGAGCUUGCCUUGUCAGCCAUUAGAGCUUCAAUUCGUAGCUCGGGCCCGACCCUUUUUAAUUUACAUAAAGAUUACACAGUUUUCACUGUUUUUGUUUCAAUAUCUCAUUAGAAAACCAUAAAAGAUCUCUCCCUUUUCCUUUUGCUUGUUUAUUUUUUUGAAAAGCAAAUAAGAAAGAGAGUGGGAGAAGGAAGAAAAAAAGAUAUCUUUCUUGCUACAAAAUCCUAGGCCUUUUGAUCCUAAGAUCCCCACCAUUUAUGCUGAAAGCCGAACUGGGUUGGCUGCAGUUUUCUCUAUUGAUUCAUGAAUUCCAUGGUUUUUUUAGCCUUAUGGUCUCAAGGAGUCACGGGGAACUGGUGCAGUUGUUGCCUUACUAUCUCUUCUUCGACGAGUGAUUGGUUAUCUGGCUUUAACAGGUGUUUAAAUGAUGAUAUUAUUCUGAAAUUUCAAUAAGGUGGAGGGAUACCAAUAUGUCAGCAUAUUUCAGAUCAAGUGGAGUAUUUGAAUUGGGGAUUGCUGGAAUUUUGCUUGUUACCUUCCUAUUGAUAUUUACCACAGAGGGGUUGAAUUCUGAUGGGCAUCACCUCCUAGAGCUGAAGAAUGCCCUCCAUGACGAGUUCAAUCAUCUGCAGAAUUGGAAGUCCACUGAUCAGACACCAUGUAACUGGACUGGCGUGAGUUGCACUUCAGAUUAUGAGCCUGUGGUCCGGUCUCUUGAUUUGAGCUCAAUGAAUCUUUCUGGGACACUGAGCCCCGGUAUUGGUGGUUUGGUCAACCUAAGAUAUUUUGAUCUUUCUUACAAUGAAAUCACUGGAGAUAUACCUAAAGCGAUCGGAAAUUGUUCCCUGUUGCAAUACUUUUAUUUGAAUAACAAUCAGUUGAGUGGGGAAAUUCCUGCUGAACUGGGUAGAUUGUCUUUUCUUGAACAUUUGAAUAUAUGCAACAACCAGAUAUCUGGUUCACUUCCAGAGGAGUUUGGCAGAUUGUCUUCAUUGGUUGAGUUUGUGGCUUAUACCAACAAGCUGACUGGCCCGUUGCCUCGUUCCAUAAGGAAUCUUAAGAAUUUGAAAACAAUCCGUGCAGGGCAGAAUCAAAUUUCUGGUAGUAUUCCUGCUGAAAUAAGUGGUUGUCAAAGCUUGAAAUUGCUUGGUCUUGCCCAAAAUAAAAUUGGAGGGGAGCUGCCAACGGAGCUUGGGAUGCUUGGGAACUUAACUGAAUUGAUUUUAUGGGAGAACCAGAUCUCGGGGUUAAUACCAAAAGAGCUUGGGAACUGUACAAACCUUGAGACUCUUGCUCUAUAUGCAAAUGCCCUUGCUGGACCAAUACCAAUGGAAAUUGGGAACCUGAAGUUUCUGAAGAAGCUGUAUCUCUAUCGGAAUGGAUUGAAUGGAACUAUUCCAAGAGAAAUUGGGAAACUUUCAAUGGCAACAGAAAUUGAUUUCUCAGAGAAUUUUUUGACUGGCAAGAUCCCAACUGAGUUCAGUAAGAUAAAGGGUCUACGACUGUUGUACCUCUUCCAGAACCAACUUACUGGUGUCAUACCAAAUGAGCUUAGUAUCUUGAGGAACCUGACUAAGCUUGACCUCUCAAUUAAUCACCUCACUGGUCCUAUUCCUUUUGGGUUUCAAUAUUUGACUGAAAUGCUUCAGUUACAGCUUUUUAACAACUCUCUGAGUGGUGGCAUUCCUCAGGGGCUUGGACUUUAUAGCCAACUCUGGGUGGUUGAUUUUUCAGAUAAUGAUCUGACUGGAAGAAUACCUCCUCAUCUUUGCCGUCAUUCUAAUCUGAUUUUGCUGAAUCUGGAUUCUAACAGGCUUUAUGGAAAUAUCCCGACUGGGGUCCUGAACUGCCAAACAUUGGUACAACUUCGUCUUGUUGGAAAUAAGUUUACAGGUGGCUUUCCUUCAGAGUUGUGCAAAUUGGUGAACCUUUCUGCUAUUGAACUGAACCAGAAUAUGUUUACUGGUCCACUUCCACCAGAGAUUGGGAACUGCCGAAGGUUGCAAAGACUUCAUAUUGCAAACAAUUACUUUACUUCAGAGUUGCCAAAGGAAUUAGGUAAUCUGUCUCAACUUGUGACUUUUAAUGCAUCAUCAAAUUUGCUCACCGGAAAGAUUCCACCUGAAGUUGUUAACUGCAAGAUGCUUCAACGACUUGAUCUCAGCCACAACAGUUUUUCUGAUGCUUUACCAGAUGAGCUUGGAACUCUUCUUCAAUUGGAGCUUCUUAGGCUUUCAGAAAAUAAAUUCUCUGGAAAUAUACCCCUGGCAUUAGGAAAUCUCUCACAUUUGACUGAAUUGCAGAUGGGUGGCAACUCAUUUUCUGGUCGAAUUCCUCCCUCAUUGGGCUUGCUUUCAAGCUUGCAGAUUGCAAUGAAUCUCAGUUAUAAUAGUCUUACUGGCAGCAUACCACCAGAGCUUGGCAAUCUUAAUUUACUGGAAUUUCUCCUGCUCAAUAACAAUCAUUUGACCGGUGAGAUUCCCAAAACAUUUGAAAAUCUGUCGAGUUUACUGGGAUGCAACUUCUCGUACAAUGAGCUCACUGGGUCUUUGCCUUCCGUAUCACUAUUUCAGAACAUGGCCAUCAGCAGCUUUCUUGGAAACAAAGGGCUUUGUGGUGGGCCUCUUGGCUACUGCAGUGGAGAUACAUCUUCUGGUUCUGUUCCACAGAAAAAUAUGGAUGCUCCUCGAGGUAGGAUCAUCACAAUUGUUGCAGCCGUUGUUGGUGGUGUUUCUCUCAUUAUGAUUAUAGUGAUACUAUAUUUCAUGAGACAUCCCACUGUGACAGCCUCUUCGGUACAUGAUAAGGAGAAUCCAUCUCUAGAAUCAAAUAUCUACUUCCCUCUAAAGGACGGAAUCACUUUCCAAGAUCUGGUUCAGGCCACCAACAAUUUUCAUGACAGUUAUGUUGUUGGAAGGGGAGCUUGUGGAACAGUCUAUAAGGCAGUUAUGCGUUCUGGGAAAACCAUUGCUGUGAAAAAGCUUGCUUCUGAUAGGGAGGGGAGUAGCAUUGAGAACAGUUUUCAGGCUGAGAUUCUGACUCUCGGAAGGAUUAGGCACCGAAAUAUUGUGAAACUUUAUGGCUUCUGCUAUCAUGAAGGUUCCAAUCUGCUUCUUUAUGAGUACUUGGCUAGGGGGAGCUUGGGUGAACUGCUUCAUGGGCCCUCUUGUAGCUUGGAAUGGUCAACUCGAUUCAUGAUUGCUCUUGGAGCUGCUGAAGGUCUUGCUUAUUUACAUCAUGACUGCAAACCAAUUAUUAUUCACCGUGACAUAAAGUCAAAUAAUAUUCUUCUAGAUGAUAACUUUGAAGCCCAUGUUGGUGAUUUUGGUUUGGCAAAAGUGAUUGACAUGCCCCAGUCCAAAUCCAUGUCAGCGGUCGCAGGAUCAUAUGGGUAUAUUGCACCUGAAUAUGCGUACACAAUGAAAGUUACUGAAAAAUGUGACAUCUAUAGUUAUGGAGUUGUUCUAUUGGAGUUGCUAACUGGAAAAACUCCUGUACAGCCACUAGAUCAAGGAGGUGAUCUUGUGACAUGGGCAAGACAUUAUGUUCGGGACCAUUCAUUGACAUCCGGGAUACUAGAUGAUCGAUUGGACCUUGAAGACCAAAGCACUGUUGCUCACAUGAUUAGUGCAUUGAAAAUUGCUCUACUUUGCACGAGUAUGUCACCUUUUGAUCGGCCAUCGAUGCGGGAAGUUGUGUUGAUGCUUAUUGAGUCUAACGAGAGAGAAGGUAAUUUGACUCUGUCUUCGACUUAUGAUUUUCCGUGGAAAGAUGAUAUUUCACGAAAAUAGGUGACCAUUUCCCAGAUUUUAUUAACUGAGAUGGUUUUUUGGUGCUGAUUCUUCCUGAUAUGAUUUGCAACAGCAAGUGAUUACAUCAUGUACAUUUUUUGAUAAGAAAAGAUCCUUACCUUUUCCGUUAUGGCUCAUGAGGGUAAUUGAUGUUACUCUCAAAAUCUGUAUUUUGUCUUGCAAUCAGUAUAGGCUCGACCUUUUGUACAAAUAGAAGUACCAACCCCCCAUACGUGUAUUUUACUGAUCUUGGUGUGAUAAAGUUUCAUGAGUACUCACUAAAUACCAGUUCCUGUUAUUUCUUCUGUCAUUAA